GCACAUUUCAGAAACAAACGAAACAUUAAAACCUAUACUUACACUAAAAACACACUUAGCUACACUUUAAUGGACACCGAAUCAGAACAACCUACAAAUGUAGGUCGCACAAGCUCCAAUCAAAGCGCCGUCAAUCCUGAGAAUGUGCCUGAUAAAGCUGCAGAUGAAGCUGCAGAUGUAGCUGCAGAUGAAGCUGCAGAUGAAUUUCAGGAACUGGACCAUUCUGAAACACCUGUUGAUCCCCGAGAGGCAUCAACUCUAACAGCUGUUGACCAACCUGAUCGGCUCAGUGCUCAGGCGACUCAACCACAAACGGAGGAAGAAAAGAAGGCAGAGCGAAGGGCACGUUUGAAGCAGAAUCGAUAUCAACGUUUCACAAUUAAUGAUGAAUUUAUUGAGUCAGCACAAGAUGAGAUCAUUCAGAUUGAAGAGCAGAAGCUUGAGGAUGAAGAGCAAGCUGAACUAAAAGAAAAUGAAAGUGAUUCCUCCGUCGGUAGAUCAAAAAAAGUGGAAGAAUCGGAUGUUGAAACAGCAAUGCACGGCAUGAUGGCCGAGGAUGUGGAAGUCGAUGAGAUACUGUUUACCGAUGAAGAAGAGGAUGAGGAUGAAGACGUCGAUAAUAGAGGACCCGCAAAGAAUGAUGCAAUCGGAGCAAAGGCGAAUUUUUUGAUGAAUUUCGAAUUCCCCUCAUUAUCCGACAUUUCUGAAGAGCAAGAAAUUGUUGAAGUGGAACACAUGACAGAGGCUGUCAGUUCCCAACACAGAGAAACAAAAGGAAAAUUUGUUCAUCCCCUAAGAAGGGAAAGCAGUUCAAGUUCUUCGCAUGAUACGGUUCCUGUUGCAGUUCCUGUUACUGCCAUUGUUGCUGAUGAUCAUUCGGAAAGUGAUGAGGAGAGUGAAACUGAAACCGAUGACAGCUUAGACUUUAAUGAUAGUAUUUUCGACAUUAAGACACCAGCCGCAGAUGAGGAAGAUGUAAUAGAUGUCUUUGUGAAAUUCCAAGCUAGUCACAUAGAUGUUAUCCCCUUUGAAGAGUCUGCUGAUGUGGUUGAGGCCAGGAAAUUGAAACAAGAAGCACUUCAGAUAGCAAUCGACUUUCUUAACGAACUCUUCGACAAUGUGGUCAACAAAGUGGAGAAUGUGAACGAAGAAUAUAUUUUACGAAAUAAAUUUGAUAAGCUGAAGCUUCAGGAAAAAUUGGCAGAGUUAAGGGAUAAGUUGAUGUAUGAGAAAGAGCUGUGCACAUAUCUAAAUAUGAAAAUGUGCGAUUAUUAUAAGCGCAUGAAAAACGUUCGAGUGUUCUCAACUUUGCCCGGAGAUAUCUACGUAAAAGAAAAACAGAGAUAUUUGAAUGCGCUGAUGCAAUUGGAUUAUGUCAAAUCUGUCGCGGCGGAGACAAAAAAGAAGAACGCCAUCCUCAUGUCCAGUGUGUUAAUGGAUCUUACACAUGUACAAAACAUCGUCAUGUAUACCGAAGAACAUUUCGAAGAGCUUAUGGUGAGAACACUGUGUACCAACAAAUCGGAUUUAUUCAAACGUAUCAUCGAACGUGAACUGCGACAAAUGAGCCAGAAACGUAAUGAAAUCAGUGAUGAUCGACUCUAUUUGAUCUCUAGGAAACACACACUGGGUCGCAUCACAGAUAAAAUCACGAAGCUGGAACAAAUCAAUGAGGACCUUUGCAUGGAUGACUUUAUUAAUAUACAAAAUCAAGUAGCUGCAUUGGACAAAAAGAUCGAAGAGCGUAACAAUGAUUUGAAAAAGCUACGCUUAAACUAUCACACGGAACUGCAUUUAACCCAGCACAAUCGGGAGAAGGCGCUGGCACUUGACAGCAAACUGGACGUUGCCAAAUUGAACCUGGAGAUAAUGCAGAAGAAGCAGGAUCAACUGCGCGAGUGUCUCUAUAAAGCCAAAUUGGAGCGUAGCAAUAUACGGAAGGUCCACUCUGAUCUCAGCUUCCAGGGUGGUCUCUUGUCGAUGCCAGCUCUGAUGUUCGACUAUGAUGAGACUGUGGAGAGAGUGAGAGCAAAGCAGGCCAGUGUAAAGGAGCUCAAGGAGACCUUUAAACAUAUCACACAACGCAUUUUGGAACUUGAAACACGCAUUACAUAAAAAUACUUACCAAAUAAACAAUUUCCUCAAGUACUUGUUAAAACCUA